GUCCAGCGACGAGGGCGGCAGGGCGGCCAUGGACUCGACCUCGGACGGCCGCGAGGCGUUCCUGCCGGCGCAGGAGCGCACCGCGCACCGGACGGGCCAGCUCCUCGUGGCCGCGAGGCUGGUGUUUGUCUUCUCGCACGGUCUGCUGGCCGUGUGCGUAUCCGUCGCCAUGGGCCUGGAGGCCAAGACGUCCUGGUGGAGCCUCUUCGUGCCCGCCUGGCUGGGGGACGCCCUCUGCGCCCUGCUCGUCGUUGGGGCCUGGUUCGCCUCCUGCCCGUACGUGCAGCUGUGCCUCGGCGAGCAUCAGGCCCGCCUGGGCGACGACAACCCGAGCAUCCUCACCGACAUCUUGCCAGACGUCGUCAUGGCGGUCCUUGGGCUGCUCCUCCUGGCACUGGAGGUGGCCGCGGAGCUCCUGCUCUGCGCCUACCUGGAAAGAAGCAGGCGCGCCGAACCCCGGAGCCUGGUGCCGAGCGCCACGAUGUUCAUCGUGGUGUCCGUCCUCGCCUGCUGCAGGGGCAUCUGCAUCAGGCCGAGCACGGAGAUCUUCAGCUGCGUGGGGGGCGCCGUGCUGCUCACCUCGCUGCUGGCGCUGGGCGUGACGGGCGGCCCGCUGGCGGGCAGCGGCUGGCUCCUGGUGCUGCCGUCCUUGGGUGGUGCGAUCGGCCUACUUGUCAGCUCUCGCCGCAGGCUGUUGGCGGCCAGGGCCGUGCUGGCCAGGGAGGAGAUGCUCCUGAGGGCCGCGGAGCAGGCGGUGCUCGCCGCGGUGGCGGCCGCCCUGGCGGCGCUGGCGGUGCUGCUCCAGCCGGGGGGCGGUGGCGUGGGCAGCCGCCGCGCUCGCGGGUUUGCCGGC